UAAUGCAUGUUGUAUUAAAUGUAUUACAGGAGAAAGUUAACGGAAUAGCAUCUAUUUAUAGUAUAUGCUAUGACAAUUUUGCAUUUGUAUUAAAUGUUUUGUACUAAACGUGUUUAUACUUAUGUUUUAGAUAAAUGGAUUCAUUUGUUAGGGACAAACUACAACAGUGGAACCUCUGCAAUUUAAUAGAAACAUUUCAAGAGUCUGAGUCAUCUUUGACUGAACUUCACACAAUGAUUGAGUGGCUAAAGAACAACAGAAGCCCUCACAGCCAGGUCGAGGAGUUAAUGAUACGUACAGCACCUCAUCGUGCUGCGUGGAUUCGAUCCUCUGGCACAAAAACUGUUGAGGAAAUAAACAGAGAAUAUCCCAGACUUUACGAUUUUCCUGGAAUGAUAUCACAGGACUUUGGAGUUUUAUUCCCUGACAAUGCAGACCGCCUUUAUGAGUUUUGGGCUCCUGUCUUCACUGACCGGAUUUUACUUUUUGCAAGAAAAGAACCCAAGGCUGCUGAUGUCCUUCUAGAAAGUCUGGAAACACUGUCAAAUGAUAUUCGUGGUGAAGUUGCCUUUAAAACCCUUCCUGCUGUUCUGCCAUCAUCGCCAUACCGCACAGAUGGGAAAAUGGUCCGUCCAACUUAUGCUGAAAUGAAGUGCAGCUUCAUUGACAUUAAACCAGUUGGAACUAAUAUGGUGCAUUACCUAAUUAGUGAGACAAGCCAGGAUCCACACAUCUUGGUGCUUGGGGACAAAGAGAACUCCUCCCAAGUUUUCAUCAUUUUCAACGGGGAGGCAAUUGAAAAGGAGACCAUACUGCAAGCAGUGGAUGUGUGCUUCAAAAUAUUCUACAUCUAUGACAUUAACUACCCAAAGCCUUCUGCUCCCAUUUGGGAGUUUUUACAGCAUGCUGUCUAUAAUAUUCCUGGAGGAGUUCCUUCAAUACAUUGUCACCUCCUUAAAAGCUUUGUUUUCAAUACUGAUCAUCAGUAGGUCCAGUAGCCAAACACCAUAUUAAGGUGUUUAUAACACAAUGCAUAAAGUGUACACUAUAGCCUUUUUUAAUAAGCAUGUUUAUUUUUUAUUGUAUUAAAUUUGUGUACUGUAUGUAC